AUCGCGAGAUCAGUACUCAGGUGGGUGACCACUGGGGAAUCCCUGGUGUUGUAUGUUUUUUCUUUCUUUUUUUGGUCCCCACUUGACCCCAUCACCAGAUCUUGGCAAUAUACGCACUCUAAACCCCAACCCUGGUACACACACGCACACACCCCGUCACUUCAACAUCAGAUCAAAGUAACCAACCAUACAAGCAACAAAAGAAGUACCAUUACAUUGGGCUUUUUGUUGGAAACCUGAGCUUUUAUGACUAGCCAUGGCAAGCAACAAGAGUUCAUCUGAUAUCUCCAUCAAAAAUGGCGGGAGCCGUCCAGAUCUCGAGGUCGCAUCGCAGCCGUUUUUUUGUCGCCACUUCCCGACAGAUACCGAUGCUACCCUUCGGCACUUUCAUCACCACGCCAAAAUAUUCUACAAGCCGAGUCCUUCAAUUCGAUCGUCAAACCAGUCCCACAGCAGAAUAGCCCAUGUCUCAUUCUCCAUUCUGCCCGAUCACGGUGACUCAGUCUCAAAACACCCCGGGCCAAGCUAUCAAAGUGGGGGUGGGGUCUUGGACCUUCACUCCUGCACCUCAAAGAGACGAAGCUCUAAGCCAAGCAGAUCUGGGCUCGGCAGAGGAAGAGAGGUUUUUUUUUCAGCUUGAUACCUAUCCGUACAGUGUAGGGUUGACUCAUUUUUUGGGUUGACUUUAUAUCUUGGUUUUAUAUUGUCUUUUUUUUGUUGUUUCAUCCAAGUUUGAAGGUUCAUCCAAGAUUUCCGUCUUAUCAACGAGCAGUCGAGAUGGCCACCACGGACGACAGGCUGGAGGAAAAACCACCAUACGGUGUUGAUGUUGAUACCGAGAAGAACACGACAGCAGUCACCACCAACGAUGGCCCUGUUGCUGCUUGGACUCGGAUCCGUGAUCUUGCUCACAAGGCCAUUGUCUUUGGGCGAGUUGAGUUGAGAGGUGUGGCGCCGAUUCCUGUCAAGGAGAGGACGGUGGAUAGGACGAUCAAUAUUUUCACGUUGUGGUGGUCUAUGAAUGCUAAUAUCUUGCCUAUCGCCUUUGGCAUGAUCGGACCUGCCUCUGGGCUCAGUCUCAGAGACAGCUCCCUUGUCAUCUUGUUCUUCGUCCUGUUGACCACCCUCCUGCCGGCCUACCUCGCAACCUUGGGACCAAAAACCGGCAUGAGACAAAUGAUCCAAGCCAGAUACAGCUUCGGCCGCUACAUCGUCUCCAUCCCCGUCUUCCUCAACCUGGCCACCAUGACCGGCUUCUGCAUCAUCAUCGCCGUCAUCGGUGGCCAAUGCCUCUCCGCCGUAGCCGACGGCAACCUCUCCGUCACAGUCGGCAUAGUCAUCAUCUCCCUCGUCACCCUCGUCAUCUCCUUCUGCGGCUACAAGUGGCUCCACAUCUACGAGCGCUACGCCUGGAUCCCGGCCUUUAUCGCCAUCAUCGUCGCCGCCGGCUGCGGAGGAAGGGACCUCGCCAACCAGGUCCCUGCCGAACCGGCCAAAGCCUCUGCUGUUCUGUCUUAUGGCAUGAUCAUGGCUUCGUACAUGGUCCCCUGGGCAUGCCUCGCAUCCGAUUUCACCACUUACCUCAAGCCCGACACGUCUUCUGUCAAGAUCUUUUGCUACUCUUACUUUGGCCUGGCGACCCCAACGAUUCUGCUAAUGACGUUGGGCGCGGCUGUCGGUGGUGCGAUCCCGAACAACCCCACCUGGCAGGACAAGUACAACGAGACGCUUGUCGGCGGCAUCCUGGACGCUAUGCUCGCUCCGGCGGGCGGGUUCGGGAAGUUCCUCGUUGUUGUCCUUGCUUUUACCCUGCUUGGGAACCUGGCGGCGACGUCGUACAGCAUCACGCUCAACUUCCAGAUGUUGGUGCCGGUGUUGUUCAAGGUGCCCAGGUAUAUGUUUAGUAUUGUGCUCGUGGCAAUCAUGAUACCUGUUAGCAUCGCGGCGGCGGACGAUUUCUUUCUGAACAUGGAGAAUUUUCUUGCGUUGAUUGGGUACUGGAGUUCGGCGUUUUUGGGGGUGGUGCUGGUGGAGCAUUUUGUGUAUAGGAAGGGGGAUUGUGGAAGGUAUGAUCCUGAGGCGUGGAACGAUGCGGGUUUGCUACCUUGGGGGGUGGCGGCGCUGGGGAGUGUGGCGUUGAGCUUUGCGGUUGUGGUGCCGAGUAUGGCGCAGGUGUGGUGGACGGGGCCGAUUGCGAGGACGACGGGGGAUAUUGGGUUUGAGUUGGCUUUUGUCGUGUCGGGGUUGUUGUAUGUGCCUUUGAGGUGGGUGGAGAGGAGGCAUUUGGGGAGGUGA